AUGGCGGCAGCCGCCCCCAACCAGCUCCAGCUGGUGGAGCCGCCCCCGUUCCCCGCUUACCUGUCCGGCUUCCCCGAGGGCGCCUACCGCCUCCCGCCCGCCGCCCCGGGCAACCCGGGAAACCCUGCCCCCGGCCCCGGCCCGGCCCCACCGCCGGGUUUCCCGGGUGGCUCGGGGGGCUCCGGGGUGCCGGUCCCGGGCUCGGUCCCGGUGUCGCUGGCGGCGGGCGGCCCGGCGGCCUCGUCGCAGCGGCGGAAGCGCACGUCGUUCAGCCCGGAGCAGCUGCAGCUGCUGGAGCUCGUCUUCCGCCGCACCAUGUACCCCGACAUCAACCUGCGGGACCGCCUGGCCGCCCUCACGCAGCUCCCCGAGUCCAGGAUCCAGGUCUGGUUCCAGAACAGACGUGCCAAAUCCCGGCGCCAGAAAGGAAAAUCCUGCAGCUACCCAGCUCUCCCGGAGCUUUUCCCCAGCCUUCCGGCUCCUGGAUCAGAAAUGAAACGCUCAGGGGCCCAGGUCCCUCUGGAAGCAGAAGCACAUUGCUCCCCAGCCCAGAGCUCGAUGGGGCUGUCAGACCCAACCCCCCAAGAGCCAAGCUUUGGAAACUAUUCCCCUCUCUCUAUUGAUGCCAGCGGCGGCAGCCCCAAGCUGGACUCCUGGGAGGAACACAUCUUAUCCACCUUCAGUAACUCCUGAGACCGGUAACUCCUGAGACUGAAAUUCUCUGACAAUUUGCGGCCUAGACCGAGGAGAGUUGUAAGAGCCUACAGCCCCAGAUGGAGAGCCUUGUAUUCUCCCUCCGGGAUGAGACUUGCUGAGGGACUGGGACUGCCUAGCUAGAAGCAUAAUUGCCACCUGCAUCCCUUAGGGCCUGUGGGGAGGAGUGAGAUGAAUAAAGCAAAUUAGCACUCACUCAGGCUCUCAGGCAUGGCCAUUCCGGAAACAGAUCAGCAUGAGCAAGUCUAUUCCCAGUGUUCCCAAUAAACGGCCAGCCCUUUAACUUGGGCUGUUAGAAUGCCACUGUUGGUUGAACUGCUUUCCACAGCCCUCCUGACUCCAUAUGGCAAAAUACAGCACCGUUAGAAUGGCCAAAUGUUUACUUUCUCUCCCAGGGCCUGGCUUUUUCUGUAUGCCAUUCUAUUAAUGGGGAACAUUUAAAAAAACCACACACAACAAACUCACAAUUGGUUUGCUCAUAGUUGUGGGGACUUGGCGGAGCUCAAGUCUGCAUACUUAACCACAAUGAAAGAAUGGACUUGGACAGCGUUUUAAUUUUUGUUUCUUAUCACAUUAAAGACUGACAAGCCACCUGCUGGGGUUAUUUAGGCAUUCGCCUUCUUGAAGACAGAAUACUGAC